GUAAGGAAUGGCUCCAAGAAGUUUUCGUUGGUCGAAACGAGAAUGUUUAUCACCUGAUAAUGAAACAGUCAAUUUAGUCGCCCUUGUAUUUGAAGAUUCUGAAUUGUUCGAAGCAGAAGCAGCUGAAUUAAGUGUUGAUGAAUCAGACGACUCGUUUUCUUUGCUUAUUCGUAAUGAUAGUUUAUUCAGUGAAAUCAAUUUAGAAGAAUACAAUACAUUACCUAGAAGUCAUCAUUCAAAUUUAUCUGCGCAUAGUUUAGCAACAACUUCAAUUGUAACACCAACUCAUCAUGCGCAAACAAUAGAAUUUAAUUUAAUCUCUAAUUCACAGUUUGAAUCAUCUGAAUUGAAUUCCAAUUGUCAUAAAUCGCAUUCUUCUUCAAUUUCUUCUAUUGAUAUUGGUCGAAUUCGCGAUUUCCUUUCUACAUUGCCUGUUCAUGUUCUAUGUACCAGUACCAGUCAUCUUAGUGUGCCUAGUUCAUCUUCUUCAUGGCCGUGGCAUUUACUUGCUUACACUGAUUUUCCAGCUUUUGUGCAUGCAAUUACUUCUGAUCUAAACUGUUUUUGGAAUUUAUUCAAUGGAACUACUAGUAAACGUUCACACUUAAUUGAUGUUCUACCAUGUGAUUUAGCGUAUAAUUUGACAACAUGCAAUUUAACAUGUUGUCAAGCUGAAGUUGAACUAGUACAACGUAAUGAUACAUUGAUUCAAACUAAUUAUCAAACAAAAGGUUUAGAUCCAUCAACGUCAACAUCUACAAAUGUAAAAGACAAUGUUGCAAUAAGUACUUCUAAAUAUCUUCACACUAGUCAUAAGUCGAUCCCACUAUUCUAUGAUCGAGACCAACUAAAACUCAGUGAUGAAGUGAAUAUUGUCUUAUUUCCACUCUCCGGUCUUCAUCCAAAUCUGUUAAGAGAUAGUCAGUUAUGCCAUUCCGCGUUUACAGCUGUCUACUUACUCCUUGUUAAUGAUGAUUCCGAACCGGAAAUGAAUACCAGUGAGAAGACAAACUUAAAUCACCUUAAAAAUGCCAAAUUAUCCUGUGAUUGUGACGCAAAUGAUCAUCUACACAAUACACCUAUCGUUCUUGCUGUUCUAGUUCAAAUUUUACCAUCGCACCAGCUUACUUUUCCAAUUACAGUCAACCAUAAAUUUUGUCCUAUCCCCAUGACAUCUGAUUUAAAACUAUUUAAUGGCCAAAAAUUUUCUGCUCUCUUGGCUGUGGUCGAUUUAUUAGUCAGUAAAAAUGACUUCACAAUAAAAAUGGCAUCACAUUUUGUAACAAUGGCUAUUAAAGCUAAUAUUACAAAGAAUACGAAAUUAUAG